AUGUCUGGACGCGGGAAGCAGGGCGGCAAGGCUCGCGCCAAGGCCAAGACGCGCUCGUCGCGGGCCGGGCUGCAGUUCCCGGUGGGCCGCGUGCACCGCCUGCUCCGCAAGGGCAACUACGCCGAGCGGGUGGGGGCCGGCGCGCCGGUGUACCUGGCGGCCGUGCUGGAGUACCUGACGGCCGAGAUCCUGGAGCUGGCGGGCAACGCGGCCCGCGACAACAAGAAGACGCGCAUCAUCCCGCGUCACCUGCAGCUGGCCAUCCGCAACGACGAGGAGCUCAACAAGCUGCUGGGCCGCGUCACCAUCGCGCAGGGCGGCGUCUUGCCCAACAUCCAGGCCGUGCUGCUGCCCAAGAAGACCGAGAGCCACCACAAGGCCAAAUAAGGAGUAAGGUUAGGGAAGUUGCCAAACAAAGGCUCUUUUCAGAGCCACUUAAGCCAUCAAAGAGAAAGCUGGUGCACACUAUCUGCUGUGUUUUUUGGUGACUGUUGUAAGGCCUCGUUAAUCGUGGGAGACAAAGUGUCCUUUCUACGGGCGAUAACUACAUGUAGUCUGACCUACAGAAAGGACAAGCUGGAGAUAAGGGGUAGCGGGUUUAGGACAGGCUUGUCUAGAAGUUUCAGAUGGAGCCAGUCGGGCAAAUUCCUGAACCCGUUUUGAUUACGUUAUCCGUUACCAGUUUUAGGCGGCCAAAAGUGCGGGAUGCAGUGACCACUUUUCCAGAAGAAAUUUAGCUGUAUGAGUGUACUAGAAGAGUUCUGGAAAAGGACACUCUGAUUCUUAGGUGCUCUAAAUUAUCAGGUGAUGGAAUUCUUAGUGGUCUUCCCCUUUUAAGAUUUCAUUCCGAAGAUAGUCUGACUUACUGGUUGAAAGUACACAGAACUUACUGAAUCCCACAUUGGUAAAUCCUUGGUCCUAUUUCUUUGGAGCCCAUGUGUUCAUUUGAUUCACUCUUCCAGCAGCUCAGGACCCAAUAGCGGAGGCAACCUAGAAAAUCUGCCUCCGUGGAAAUUACUCCAGUAAGAGAGACAAACAAUUAUACAAUAGGUUAGGUGUCAAGUAUCUUGUGCAGAAAAUAGAGCAGCUACACAGCAUAAUGGGGACCCCUAUUUUAGAUCGAAGGUAAGUGUAGAUAACUUCUUUAAAGGUGUAUCUGGGGGUGCCUGGGUGGCACAGUCGGUUAAGCGUCCGACUUCAGCCAGGUCACGAUCUCGCGGUCCGUGAGUUCGAGCCCCGCG